CCCUCAGCCCUGCAACUCCCAUCUGUGAGAGGACUGCAUCCCAAAAGAUUCCCAAUGGCCUCCUUUCCUCUCUUUUCCAAUUUCAACUCCUUACUAAGCCAAAAUGAAAUUUUCCUCUUGUAUUAUAUUGAAAUCAGUAAUUAGAGAAAAACAACACAUUGGUGCAGAGGAGAUGUGGCCAUGUCAUAUUGUUGAAUCUGAUCUCAUAUGUGUCAGCACAUGGCGUCGAUAAUGUUUUGCUCUGAUAUGACUCCUGACCUCUAACACUGACCCCUCUUGUCUGACCUCCAUCAGACUGUCGACACAGUGAGGCGACCCAAGAAGCGAUCAGUCAGACUCAAUGGGACCGAGGUGCACCAGUUCCUGUGGCUUUAAAAAUUAGUCGUGCUGGGUUGCAAACUGUGUUUGCAGAUGUCUUUUAACUCUUAACAUCACACAAAAAAAACCUUUGGAGUUAAGCACUUCUUCAAGUUGAAUUUAGCUCUAAUGACAGGGAUUUGGAAACAGUUGAGUGCUAACAGAUACACUAAAAUGCAUUCGAGGGCUUUUUUCUUUUAUUUCCUGUACACUCCAACAGUAAAGCUUCAUACUCAGCGUCACUGGCUCAGAAACACUGGCUGCUUUUGAUUUUGUGGUUAAGUAUAGUUUGGGGGAAAUGCACUGCUAAAAUGCUUAACAUAAAUCUACAAGCAGGGGUGCUCAUCAUAGCUUUGCAUGGACUAUAAGAAGACUGGCUGUGACUUUAUGGAUUUACCAUACAAGCUUAUUUAUAAGCCUUCUCGAUGCACGACAGAAAAGGAUAAGCAUAUUUACCAAACAUUAAAUAUUCUAUUAAUAAAUUCAAGCUGAAGCUACUCCUUGAUUAACUGGAGGAUAGGAAACAGACUGUAUGUACCUCCAUAUUUAUCAUUCAGACAUGAGCAUUGAUUUCCUCAUCUGCCUCUCAAGAUAGCAAAUAAUCUUAUUAAUCAAAAUGCCAAACUGUUACUUAAAGGGGCCUUGUAGUUUAUCCACUCUAUUUAUCCUCCCUCGAAGCAGCGAAGAGCCACCAUGGAUGAUGUCAUCCAUUCAGCUGUAAUCCAUUUGUUUUUCCCCCAGUCAUGGUAUCAGAAAUGCUGCUAUAUUAUAGCAAUAAGGUCCAUUAAAUGAGCUACCGAAGGGCACACUUAAGGCUCGGUGUGUCGUCUGAAGUGUAGUUAAAGGAAAAGGAAACAAUUCACAAACAAUUUUUUUUAUAAAACAUAUAAAACUUACCUCCUCUCAUAAAGGACACAAAGCUCUUUACAUUAAUACCACACCAUAGCUAGCUCUGCUCACUGAUAUUUUCUUUAUUAGGACUCUGUUCCGAAUGAAAAACAGACCUUGUACACGGACAAGCAUGCAUCUUUGACCAAAAGAGCAGAUUUAUUCAACUUAAUAUGAAUUGCUCUCAGAAGGGCACUUAGAAGUGUACGGUCGCUUCAUGCAUCUCUCUUCGGAGAGCACAUAAAAGCAUCCAGCUUGAGAUGAAUUACCGAAGGCAGGUUUAAUAAAAAUCAGUUUACUCAGACCCUCGAACCAUCCAGUCAUGAAUCUCCUUUGAGUAAACACACAAUGGGCACAGUAAAGGCUGCCAAAAAGUAGGGUUUCCAUGUUAUUUGCUACAAGUGACACUUAGGUGGAGGGGGGGAAAGUGGAGGGAACAAAAAACCCAUUUUUGUGUAGUUUGUAAAAAGAAUCUUGAACUUUCUUUAAAAAACAAACAAACAUUAAAAAAAAGCAACUAUGGAUGUGAUGAUUGCAGUGACCAUCAAGGAGAACAAACACGUUGCCCUGUCUGUUACCAUGGAGCUGUCAGGUGGAUGCUUCUGUGCAAGGCUUAUUAGGGUCACAGGAGUUUUGGUUGAAGUACAUUCAUUCACUCACUGGGUAAGCCUACUCGGAUAGCCUCUCCAGCCCCACUCGCCUCAGCCUGUCAGACGGGUCAGAGGACCAGCUCGACCGUCUGCAGCAGGUGGAGCUGGCCAGGACAACGCCCAUGUCUCUGUGGAGGGCAGGCACCGUGCAGGCCUGGCUGGAGGUUGUCAUGGCGAUGCCCAUGUACAUCCGCACCUGCUCAGAAAACGUCAAAAGCGGCAAGGUUUUACUGGGGUUAACGGAUGAAGACCUGGAGCUGGGUCUAGGUGUCAGCAAUUUGAUGCAUCGUCGGAAACUCCGCCUGGCCAUUGAAGAUUACAGAGAUGUUGAGAACGGUAGAGGGCUGUCCAAGGCUGCGGAUAUGGACCACCACUGGGUGGCAAAAGCUUGGUUAAGCGAUGUGGGUUUGCCUCAGUACUCCCAGGCAUUUCACAAUCACUUGAUAGACGGGCGAGUCCUGAACUCUUUGACACGUCGGGACCUCGAACGUCACUUAAACAUCACCAAGAAGUUCCAUCAGGUCAGCUUGCUGCUGGGCAUCGAACUGCUGCACUUGCUUCAUUUUGACAAGGAGGCAUUACAGGCUCGCCGGAUACAGUGCGAGCACCAGAAUGUGGAUCCUCUGGUAUGGACCACGCAUCGGGUCAUGAAAUGGAUCAGAGAUAUUGACCUCAAGGAGUUUGCUGAGAAUCUCCUAAACAGUGGCGUUCAUGGGGCUGUCAUGGUGCUAGACCCCACUUUCAACACUGACACGAUGGCAACGGUGCUUGGAAUCCCCAGCAGCAAGCACAUGGUUCGCCGACACCUUGUGGAAGAGAUGAAAACACUAAUUGGCCAAGCCAGCGUGGAUGCCAAACAGGAAUACGAGCAUUUAGGUCUGGGGACACCACCUAUCCUCCUUCGGCAGAACUCUUUGGGCAGACCUCCCACCUCCACUGCCCGGCACACCGAUGAAGAAGGCUCAUUGAGAAGGAGGGCUGUGAAGCCUCCAGCAGGAUUUAGUCCCAAAGCUCGCAAUGGGCGGGACUUGAGUUGCCAUAGCAGCUAUGGCUCCCUGCCUAGAGAGGUUCGAGAUCACACUCCGCCCAGGGCAGAAGGAAGCCCCAUCCGUGGUUACACCAGCAUCGAGGUCACCAAUGUGUGAUGUCAUCAGAGUUCUACCAGUACCAGUCAUUCACUUCAUGACAGCUAAAUGUACAACAUGGACAUUUGUCAUCCAUGUGCACGCAAACAUGGGAUGGUGAUUUUUUUUUAUCUUAAAAUGAGCCUUUACGGGACAGCUUGCACUUUGUAACAAGGAAAAUGUUGUUCUUUUUCUUUUUUUUUUUACAAGUUUCCUGUUUUUUGGGAAGUUUUAGCAUCUUUGAGGACAGUAAGCGCCCCUCCCCCAAUGCCAGAAUUAAGACGACUAUGAAGGACUCGAGCUAUAUAUUUUUAUAUUCUUGUGUGUACACCAGGAGGUAACUAACUGAAAUGUUUUUGCUUUGUUUUUUGACUAGUGAGGGAAAUGACUGUUUGUAUUAUACAGAGCACUUGAUGACAAAAUGUAAAAAAGAAAAAGUUUCAUAUUUCAUAUCCGUGUAAGUGGCUCUUGUCUCAUUCAAUUCUGCCGUUUGUGAUGCCUUGUCAAUGUGACUUAGCAUUAAAAAACAAAAAAACUUAAAAAGACUUGAACUGAAUUUAAAAAUUUUAGAAUCUAUGUUUGAUGGUCAUUUUUCAUCUCGCACAUUUACACUGUUGUGUCAAAGCAAAUGUAGCACCUCUUCUGAUGUUUUAUACUGUGCAGUAAACAUAAAAUAUCUGAGCAAUGCCAACAACAACAACAAAGAAAAAGACUGCUGAGCUGUGAUGUGUGAGCGUGUAUUUUUUUGUGAAAAGGAAAGUGCUCACUGAAAUGAAAUAAAGAUGGUGUCUAAAAUAUA